AUGGAGAGCCUGCUGGAUAAUCCAAUGAAAGCCGUUCUUUACCUGAAGGAGCUCACCACUAUCGUGCAGAACCAGCAGAGCCUGAUCCAGACGCAGCGCCAACGCAUCGACGAACUCGAGCGAAAGGUGGAGGACCUGAUCGGAGAGAACCGACAGUUGCGGGACCCCCACCACUACGUCCAGCAGCCCCCUCAGCCUCAGCAGCACCACCAUCACCACCACCACCACCCGACUCACCGCAGCGCCAGUCCCCAGGCGCCGGCCCACCUCCAUCAGCACCCGGGGAGCAACAAAGCUGCGGCUCACCUCGGCCAGCAGGCGCAGCAGCAGCAGCAGCAGCAGCAGCCUCCGCCGCCGCAGCAGCAGCAGCAGCAGCAUCAGCAUCAGCAUCAGCAUCAGCAUCAGCAGCAGCAUCAGCAUCAGCAGCAGAUUACCGGUCUCUCGGCCCAGCCUCAGCAGCACCAGAAUCCUCCUGCACCGUCUUCCCACCACCCGCAGCAGCUGCAGCUCGUCCCCACCUCGCCGCAGUCGCCCAAAGCGAGCCAAGCCAGCCCUGACUCCGCCGAGGAGGACAAGAGGAGCCCCUGCUGCAAGUCCCUUGUUCCGCAGACUCCCACCGCGCUCUGCCGCUCAGUUGGACUGGCCAGGAAAGCGGACAACCAGACGGUGCUCCACCAGUUCUGCUGCCCAGCCCCAGAGGCCCCCGAGGGGGAGACCUCCACCGCCUGUGUCCCCAGCGAUGACCUUUCUCCAGACUCGUCUAUGGGGGAGGAAGGGAAGGGAGGAGAGGGGGAGCUGCAGAGUGAGGCCCAGUCACAGCCACAGCCAGAACCACAACCCCAACAACAACAACAACAACAACAACAGCAAGAGACUCAGCCACAGAUUCAGCCACCACAGCCCCAGUCUGAGCCCCAACCACAACCAACUCAGCCCGAAGUCAAACCUCAGCCAGAACCCGAGCCGAAACCCCAGCCCGAGCCGGAGCCAGAGCCGGAGCCGGAACCCGAGCGCGAGCCGGAGCCUCAGCCCCAAGCGGAGGCUCCGAGCGAGGCGGACGCCCCCAAAGAAGCCCCCUCGCCUUGCAGAGAGGAGCAGACAGUGGUGGAGGAAGAGAGUGAAAAGUCAGAAGAAGGAGUUGUGGAGGCAAAGAGAGAGCGGGAGGGAGAGGAGGAGGUGGAGGCCAAGCGGCAUGAGGGCGAGGCAGCACAGGAGGAAGAGGAGGACGAGGAAGGUGGGGGAGCUAAAGGAGGUGGCGCGGGGAGGAGGGCCAGUCUGCACCACACGGCCUCGCCCUUGAGGGUGCAGCGCAACGGGGCCGGCUCGCACUCCGCCACCUCCGACUAUGAGCUCUCGCUUGACCUCAAAAAUAAGCAGAUCGAAAUGUUAGAGCACAAAUACGGUGGCCACCUCAUCGCCCGCCGUGCUGCCUGCAAGAUCCAGACUGCCUUCCGCCAGUACCAGCUCAGCAAAAACUUUGAGAAGAUCCGAAAUUCGCUCUUGGAGAGUCGUCUGCCUCGACGCAUCUCCCUGCGCAAGGUCCGUGUCCAGAAUACGGAGGGUUUCUCCGCUGAACGGGCCCUGGCAGAAGGCUGUAACUUGGCAGGGAUCCCACUGGUGCGCUCACCAUCUCUGCCUGCCACAGUCGGUGGCACCCUGACCGACCUGGAAGACUCAUUCACUGAACAGGUUCAGUCACUGGCAAAGUCCAUAGAUGAUGCACUCAGCAACUGGAGCCUGAAGACCAUGUGUUCCCUGCAAGAAGGCGGCACCUAUCAGUUCAGCGCCGACUCUUUCAGUGCAGCAGCGGCAGCAGCGGCGGCUGCAGGUGUAGGAGGGGGCGGAGAAGGAGGUGGUGUUGGAGAGUCAGUGAUUCAUCAAGGCCCAGUGGACCCAAGUGACCUGUCGAGAAGCGCGAGUAAGCUGAUGAUGGCAUUUCGAGAUGUGACGGUGCAGAUUGACAGCCAGAACUUUCGUGUUUCAUCAUCAGUCAUGGAAUCAUCCACUUCCGUCACGCUCGGCAGCAGCGCCCAACAAGACGGGGCCUCCACCACUGUCACAACAGCGUCCACCACAGCAAACUCCACACCCGCCUUCGUGGUCCCCCCUUUCCCCUCACAAGAACCCCCUCCUCCACCUGCAGAGGUCCCAGCCCAACCUAUAGAUCCCCCACCACCGCCCCAAGAACCCCCACCACCGCCAGAGCCAGACAUAGAAGGAGGCGAUCAGGAUAUUGAAUUCCCUGCGCCGCCUCCUAGUGAAGAAGUUCUGGGAGAGUAUGGACAACCUCCCCUGACCCCUCUGGAUAAGAUGGCUGCCCCUCACAGCCUAGAGGAGGUUGUGAUGGUGGCACCGCCGCUAGGAGAACCUCCUCGCAUCCCUCCACCCCAGGAGGCUGUGCUGCUGGGGAGCUCUCCUGUGGUGGAGCCUCUGGACGUUAAGAGAUGUGGCUCCGAGACGGCAGACAACAGCUCGGAGCAGAUGAGCAGCAGCAGCACGUCGACGGAGGCGCGCUCAACAUCCGAAGCCUCGUCCAAGGAGGCCCUACAGGCCAUGAUCCUCAGCCUGCCACGCUACCACUGUGAGAACCCCGCCAGCUGUAAAUCACCCACACUGUCCACGGACGUCAUGAGAAAACGCCUCUACCGCAUCGGCCUCAACCUCUUCAAUGUAAAUCCCGACAAGGGCCUUCAGUUCCUGAUCUCACGAGGCUUCAUCCCGGACACGCCCAUCGGCGUGGCCCACUUCCUGCUGCAGAGGAAGGGCCUGAGCCGACAGAUGAUCGGAGAGUUCCUCGGCAACAGCAAGAAGCCCUUCAACAGAGACGUCCUGGACUGUGUGGUGGAUGAGAUGGACUUCUCAGGCAUGGAGCUGGACGAAGCACUGAGGAAGUUCCAGGCCCACAUUCGCGUCCAGGGAGAAGCCCAGAAGGUGGAACGUCUUAUCGAGGCCUUCAGCCAGCGCUACUGCAUGUGUAACCCCGACGUGGUGCAGCAGUUCCACAAUCCGGACACCAUCUUCAUCCUGGCCUUCGCCAUCAUUCUGCUCAACACAGACAUGUACAGCCCCAACAUCAAGCCCGACCGCAAGAUGUUGUUGGAGGACUUCAUACGCAACCUACGAGGUGUGGAUGAUGGCGCAGACAUCCCCAGAGACAUGGUGGUGGGAAUCUACGAAAGAAUACAACAGAGAGAGUUGCGCUCCAACGAAGACCACGUCACCUACGUGUCCAAGGUUGAACAGUCCAUCGUAGGCAUGAAAACAGUUCUUUCCGUCCCUCACAGAAGACUAGUGUGCUGUAGUCGACUUUUUGAGGUGACAGAUGUCAACAAGGCCCAAAAACAGGCAGCACACCAGAGAGAAGUCUUCCUCUUCAACGAUCUCAUUGUGAUCCUGAAGCUUUGUCCAAAGAAGAAGAGUUCUGCAGCCUACACUUUCUGCAAAGCCAUGGGCCUACUUGGCAUGCAGUUCCACCUUUUUGAGAAUGAAUACUACCCUCAUGGAAUCACCAUCCUCUCCCCGUUUGGCUCAGACAAGAAGCAGGUCCUCAACUUCUGCGCCCAAAGUGCUGAGGAGCUGCUCAAGUUCGUAGAAGACCUGAAGGAGUCGAUCGCGGAGGUGUCGGAGAUGGAGCAGAUACGUAUCGAGUGUGAGUAA